UGUUACGGUGUUAUCAAUCUUCAACAGAGAAAACCGCUCUCAGUAAUCAAACGUGAUUGGCUCUUACUUUUAAAACCUACAAAUUAAUGUCGAGUAUUAACAAGACGAUAAUUCAGUGUUUUCUCUGCUGAACGUGGCCAUUAGCUGCCAAUAGAAUUAUCAGACUCCGAUAACUGGACUCUAUUUUUCAAUCGCCAGAUGUCAUUAGCAUCGUCCGUGGUUUGUCUUAUGUAUGAAGUGUGAAUAUACUAUGUGAGUAUUAUUGCGGCUGCAAUAUGUGGUCCUUUGGUUCUUUUAUCUGAAGUGUUCUGAAAAUAUCGAGAAUAAUUGAAAUUCAUUAAAAAUAUGAUAAAACGUGUCCCUCGUCUUGUGACCUUUGACGUUACCGGUACAUUGUUGAUGACGAAACUCGAAGAGCAUUAUGUCGAGAUUGGCUCUCAACAUGGUUUAUUCGUUGAGCCGAAAAAAUUGGCGCGAAGUUUUGCAAGCAAUUUCACGCAACUUAGCAAGGAGCAUCCGAUAUAUGGCAAGCACAGUGGUUUGGGAUGGGAGAAUUGGUGGAGAACAAUUGUGCAUAAUGUAUUCAGAGAUCAGCAUGCUUCUGUGUCAAAGGAUAAAUUGAACAAGGUUGCUGACAGCCUGAUAAGUUGCUAUGGCACUAGCAAAUGCUGGCACAAGUAUCCUGGUACUAUUGAUCUACUUGACUUCCUGCGAAGGAAGAACAUCAUAAUGGGUGUCAUCUCCAAUUUCGAUGAACAAUUAGAAUCAGUCCUUAAGGAUACUCAAAUUUAUCAAUAUUUUACCUUUAUUUUAACUUCGUACAAGCUUGGUGUAGAAAAACCGGGUUUGCCGAUAUUCGAAGAAGCAUUAAGAUUAGUAAAGCAUCUUCGAGAAGAAGAAAUAUUGCCUCAGGAAGCAAUGCAUAUCGGUGAUAGACUGGACAAUGAUUAUUUUGGAGCGAAAAACGCUGGUUGGAAUGCUUUGUUGAUUAAACAUGAGGAUAAGAUUGAUGAGAGCAAAAUACCUAAGGAAGAUAUUUUUGGAAGUUUGAUGGAGCUUCAAGAACAUUUUAGGAAAAUAUUUGAAACGAAUUACAUUGUGCGAUGAUAGUAUAUCUAUUAUUUAAAUAAUAUUAGAUUUAUAUAAUAGAACAAUUUUAUAACGAUAUAGAAUUAUUUUAAUUAUAUUUAUAUUUGGUAGCAAUUUGCAUGAAAAACAAUUUGAUCAAGAGAAAUAAAUACACAAGGGUAAUUUAA